ACUGUAUUCCCGACCGGCAAUCAUGGCGACGGAGCCGACAGAGGACAUCGAGUUCCUCUGGAAGUGGCGCAAGUACCUGCUGCUGCUCGCCACGCUGGUCGCUAGCGUCACCUACGUGGCCGGCCUCAACCCGCCGGGCGGCAUCAGGUCCGAGGAUGGAGGCAACGAGCCAGAGUACCGCGCCGGCGCCGUCCACCCGCAUCCGCCGGCACCGGCAGCCCCGGCGCCCGCGGUCUACCCGUUCCGCGUCGGCGAUCCAGUGCUCGUGCACACCUACUCGCGCCGGUACACCGCUUUCUUCUACUCCAACGCGACCGCCUUCGUCGCGUCGCUGGUGGUCAUCAUGUUCCUGCUGGACCGGCGCAUCAGCGGCAACCGCGUGGGCCUCACCGUGCUCCGCUCCGCCAUGCUGCUCGACCUGCUCGCGCUCAUGGCCGCCUUCGCCGCCGGGAGCUGCCGCAACGUGUUCGCCUCCAUCUACGUCUCCGCGCUCUUCGGCCUCGUCUUCGCCUACGUCGCCGUCCACGUCUACGCGGAAACGCGUGGGAAGAAAAUACCGGUGGACUCGUGUGCUUGGCGGAGCCCCGAGGAGGAGAAGCGCCUCAAGGAGCGCCGCAAGUUCCUCCUGCUGCUCGCCACCUUCGCCACGCCGCUGACGUACGGCGCGGGGCUGGCGCCGCCGGGAGGCUUCUGGAGCGAGACCAGGCCGGGGCAUCGCGCCGGCGCCCCGCUGCUGCACGACGGACCCUACAAGAUCCGCUACCACGCCUUCUUCUACGCCAACGCCAACUCCUUCGUCGCCUCCCUCGCCAUCAUCAUGCUCCUCGCCAGCUCCUACGCGCUGCCCGUGUGCGUCCUGGUGGAGCUGCUGGGCCUCAUGGCCGCGUACGCCGCCGGGAGCUGCCGGUGGAUCACCACCACCGUGUACAUCAUAUUCCUCGUCGGCGCCGUUUUCCUCUACAUUCUACUGCAGGUGGUCAUCGCCGGGCACACCAAGGGCAUGUUCACGAAAUGCCGUCGACGCAUCUGCCGCAUACUGACCUGCGCCGACCUGCCGCCGCCAGACACGGAAAAGAACCAGCCGCCACCGGAGCCGGACACGCUGCCGGAGAAUGCUAUUGUUAAUGCCCCGCAAGAACAAGGAGGAGAAACGGGGACAUCCGACGCCGGCAUUGCCAAGCCUGGAGAGAAUGUGGAGGAGUCACGGUCGCUUCUGCUGCUGCUGGCGACGCUGGCCGCGACAGUGACCUACCAGGCAGGGCUGAGCCCGCCCGGCGGCGUCUGGCCGGAAGGGCGUCCGGGGCACACCGCGGGGAACCCAGUUCUCCAUGACAUGGACCCCAAGAGGUACAAGGCGUUCUACCACUGCAACACGGCGGCCUUCGUCGCGUCUCUGGUGGUCAUCGUCAUCGUCCAGAGCAAGGAGCUGAGCUGGGGCGCCGUAGUCAGGCGCGCCGCCCUCAACACGGUCAUGAUACUAGACUUGUUCGGCCUCAUGGGCGCCUAUGUUGCCGGGAGCUGCCGGGAUACCACCACCACCAUCUACGUCGCCGUCUUCGUCUACUCCAUCGCCAAGGUCGUGGCGUUCUCGGCUAAGCGGCGCCAAAUCAAGCUGGUUCAAUGGGUGCAAAGCCUGUCCAUGAAGGUUGCUGGGUGCCUCAACCUUUCCCAGCCCGGGUCCGGGAAUCCUGACGACCUUGAGAGGAAGCGCAAGUUCUUGCUGCAGCUUGCCAUCCUCGCCGCCACCGUCACGUACCAGACCGGAUUGAACCCACCGGGUGGGUUUUGGACGAAGAGCAACGGGAACAAGUUGGUCACUGCCGGCGACCCAAUCCUCCUCGACUACUACGGGGUCAGGUUCUUCUAUUGCAACGCGACGGGGUUCAUGGCGUCCGUCGCCGUCAUUCUCCUCUUGGUGAACCAGACGCUGUCCAAGGGGGGCAUUCGGAGCAACGCCCUCCAUGUCUGCAUCAUGACCGGGCUGCUGGGCCUCAUGGGCGCAUAUGCUGCAGGCAGCUGCCGGAAACUGCGCACCUCCAUCUAUGUCUUUGCGCUCGUGGCCGCCGUGGUCGCCUUCCUCUUCCUGCAGAUCAUAAUUUACGUGUCCGCACACCGAGUCCGUUCGUCAGAGCUGCCAUGGGUUCCGAAGUGGUCCUUGUUCGAGACGCUGUCGACGGGGCCGGGCGGUGGCGGCCGCAAGAACAAAAGCAAGGAGAUCACCGCCGAAGAUAAACGGGAAAGCGAGAGGUACCUGAAGCGCAAGUACCUGAUGUUGCUCGGCAUCCUCGCGGCCAGCGUGACGUACCAGGCGGGUCUCGCGCCUCCCGGAGGCACGUGGGGUGACGACGACACCCCGUCGUUGUCCCCGUCGUCGUCCCCGUCGGCACACCCGCCCACCGUCGCCGGCAACCCGAUCCUGCUUGACUUCAACGCUGCACGGUACCAAGCAUUCUUCUACUGCAACGCGACUUCCUUUGUGGCCUCCGUCGUCGUCAUCCUGCUGCUGCUGCAGCGCACCGUGAAGAAGCAGCAGCCCGGCGCGCCGCUGCGGACGUUGCAGACCGCCGUGGUGCUGGACCUGCUCGGCCUGCUUGGCGCGUACGCCGUCGGCAGCUGCAGGGACUGGGAGACGUCUGCCUACGUCAUCGCGCUCGUAGCCGUCGUGGUCGUCUUCAUUGCGCUGCACGUGCUGUUGUCGUUCGACAUCGUGUUUAACAAGGCCAGGAAGCUACUGCCGAGGAAAUACUUUGGAGGUGGCAACGAUGUUGAGGCCCAGCCCAGGAAUCCCGAUCAGGCCAGCCGCCAUGACAGCAUGGAGAAUGCCUAGUUUAUGUUUUCUUUGCUUGUUUGCGUUCUUUUGAUUCCCAAUGCGUGCGCCACAGGUUCCAUUUGAUGUGUCUUGUAUGUGGAGCAAUGAACAAGUAUUUGUAAAUUUUGAUUAACUCAAUCCAAUUCAAUUGUUCAUUUCUUUUAGUUGGAGGGAAUUCUGGGGACAUGUUUAUUUUCGCUUUAUUGCUUCACUACAUCAUAAGUUGAAUCAACGGUGAAGAUUAGAAUGUACCUCCUCAAAUGGAAGGGCACGGUCGUCUAGCAAUAAUUAAUUUUUCUAAUUUGCUAAAUUCAGUUGACUCAGACUUGGUUAUGCAUCAGUUAAUGCUAUACUCCUCGGAUCUUACACGGAGAUCCGUGUUUUAGUUUUUUCUUCUUUUUUGUAUGUUAUCUGUAUCUAAACACGAUGAUGUUACUAGACCGAGACUUGGUUAAAGUAUCGGUCGACUAAGAUCUAGUCACACCCUUAACUUUUCAAUUUUGUUAAAUCUCAAUAGAUUCAGACUUUGUUAUGUCUCGGUGAUGCUAUAUUCCUUAGAUCUUACACAAAAAUCCAUGCAAAUUUUACUCUUUUUUUGUUAUUUCUCCCAUUUCUUUUUCAUUUGUUAUUUGUAUCUAAACAUGGUGAUGUCACUUGACCGAGAUAUGGUCAAGUAUCAAUCAUCAGUUGACUGAGUCUAAUCACACCUUUAACUUUUUGAUUUUGGUAAAUCUCAGUUUACUUGGAUUUAGUUAUGUCCGAGGCGAUGCUAUAUUCCUUAGAUCUUACAUAGAGAUCCAUGCCAUUUUUUAUAUUUAGUUCUUUUUUCAUUUUAUAUGUUAUUUGUAUCUAAACAAGAUGAUGUCACUAGACUGAGACUUGGUUAAGUAUUAGUCGACUGAGAUCUAGUCACACCCUUAAGUUUUUUUAUUUGGCAAAAUCUCAGUUGACUCAAACUUAGUUAUCUCUCAGUCGCUACUACAUUCCUUAGAUCUUACAUGUAGAUCUGUGAAAAUUUCUUUUUAGUUUUUUUUCUUUCUAUAUGUUAUUUGUAU